AAGACUACAGGACCCCUGACUGUAUGGACAACACUGGCCCUGUGCUGAUCACAUGCACUCUCCAAAGAAAAAAAACUCUCUAGCCAUACACAGUAAACUGAGCAUGUGCAGAGUGACUCCUAGGGCUCUGUCCUAUCAGCAGAUGGAUUGGACACAAGAAGACAGGAUUAAACAUCCUUUUUACACAAUGCAGAGAAUUAACCCCUUAGGUUCCACAGUGAGUAUAACAAGCAUGCUUUACUGCAUAUACAGACUGAUUUUACUGAUGUGGGUUUAG